UAUUUCUCUAGAUUAACUAGAAAGCGGGGACGUAAUGACUUCUGCAGUUAAAAAGAGCCUGAGGGACAUGACCAGCAGAAACCACACAGUGGUGACCUAUUUUCAAUUUUUACCUUUCUCCAGCAUCCCAGAGAUCCAGGGCUUUCUCUUUUGUCUGGUAUUGUUCAUGUACAUCAGUACUUUGGUGGGAAACAUCCUCAUCAUUACAAUCACUGUGGUAGAUGCUGCCCUUCACUCCCCCAUGUAUUUUUUUCUCAAGAACUUGUCCUUCCUGGAGAUUGGCUACACUACAUCCACAAUCCCCAAGAUGCUAGUGAACUUACUCAUAAAAAGGAAAGGCAUAUCCUUUCUGGGCUGUGCACAGAUGUAUGCCUUCUCCCUCUUCGGGAUCACAGAAUGUUGGCUGCUGGCUGCCAUGGCCUAUGAUCGCUAUUUGGCCAUAUGCCAUCCCCUGCACUACAUGACCAUGAUGAGCUGGAACACAUGCUUCCUGCUUUCAGCUGUGUCUUGGCGUGUUGGAGUCUUGCUGGCCUUAGGGCAGACAACUUUGAUCUUUACCCUUACAUACUGUGGGCCCAAGAGGAUCAAUCUCUUCUUCUGUGACCUGCCACCUCUUCUGAAGUUGGCUUGUGGGGCCACCUACAAGAAUGAAAUCACCAUCUACAUAGUAGCUGUCGUCUUCAUCAUGGUCCCCUUCUUAUUUAUAGUUGCAUCAUAUGUCCAGAUUCUCCACACCAUCUUCAAGAUGCCAACAGCUAAGGGCAAGAGAAAAACAUUCUCUACUUGCUUCUCUCACCUGGUCGUGGUGACUCUGUUUUGAUCUGGAAUUGUGACCUACCUGAGACCCAAAGCUUUUUAUUCAAGCAGCAGUAACAAACUGUUGUCUCUCUCUUACACACUGAUGUCUCCAGUGAUGAACCCUUUGAUCUACAGCUUGAGGAACAAAGAGGUGAAACAAGCCUUGAAAAGACUGAUAGCCAAAAAGAUAAGUAUGUGACAUGUUUGGAAAUGAUAGUAAAUUAAAGCUGUGAUAUUGUGUGCAUUAGUGGAAGGAGAACAUG